AAGCACAUUAAAUUCUAGUGUGGUAACUUGACACACCUGUAAUAAAAAGGCGUAUGCACUGGAAAAAGUAUUUGCAAACUUUUAGCCGUUCGUCGUUCACCUCGAGGCAAGUUCACACAGCCAUCAUGAGACAGGUUACAACUUUGGAGGAGUUCCAGGCCAUCCUGGAGGAGGAAGCUGGAGACAAGCUGGUGGCGGUGGAUUUCACAGCCACCUGGUGUGGCCCCUGUCAAAUGAUUGGCCCAAAAUUUGAAGACAUGGAAAAGAAAUCCGACAAAAAAAAGGUGAUUUUCCUGAAAGUGGAUGUGGACCAAGCCCCGGAUAUUGCUGAAAAGUACGGGGUCCAAGCCAUGCCCACAUUCAUCUUUUUCAAGAACGGAAAGAAGGUGGGCGAGGUCGUUGGUGCUAGUGAAGAAAAACUGAAGGACAAAAUGAAAGCUUUGUCAUCAUGAAGUCCCACCGACCAAUCUACAAAGACCUAAACACAUUAGAGAUUGACUUUUCUCCUGACUAACUUUCUCUGUAUGUUGUGUUCAACAAGGUGGAUUUAAUAAAAUUAGACUUUAUUACUAAAGGGU